GAAGACGCCUAAUAGGCCCAAAGUGACCGAGAAAGAGAUCAGUAGUGUACUCGAUAAUGUGUACAGAUGGGAGGAUAACCCGUCCUUGAACCAUAGCUGUUCUGUAUGCGGAGUGACCUUGAACAAUCCACGCGCUAAGAAGACCUGCCUUGGGGUCCAUGCUGUGCCCUGCAUGAGAUAUCAUCAGACAUUGUUUCGAGUCGGCCGUGCCCACUCCUGUGAAGCGUAUUCAUCCACCUUGUCCUCAUAGAAGUCUUCUGAAGGGAUGCUAAUGAUCUUUUUGUGCAGAUGUAAGAACUCCAAUGAACAACAUGAAAAGAGGCACAGAGAGAUCGGUAAUCUCAUUUGGCAGAUCAAAGCAAUCGACGGCGUUGAGGCUAUGGUGGCACAGCACCGCAGAAAAGCCCAAUCUGGAGAACUUGCUUCGCCCCCCGAACCGGAAAGCACAGAUGAGCAAGAGUAUAUGACACCUCCGAAGGAAGAGCAGUUCAGGAAGCCGGUGCUCUCUGUGCGUAUUCCGAAUAAUGCCAAUGUGACUGGAGUUCCCCCAAGCGCAAUAGUGUCAGCGUCUCCUUGUUCAUCCAAGGAGAAAGAGAUCAGACUUCAGAAACAAGCUGCAAGGGCAUCUAAGAACAUAGACAAGGCUCUCAAGCGACAGAGAGGUUACAGUGUUACAUCUGCUUCAAGGGACUUUGUUGAAGAAAUCCACCUCGGGAUCCACGGGCACCCGAAGAUGCCUCCUACGGUGGACCAUGGAGAAUCAGGUAAAGCGUUGGUAACAGAAAUUAAGAAUUUCCAAGACCUUCAGCUGCAACUCCAGAAUAAAGGAAACCAAUCCAAAGCUAGCGAAGCACUUCGGUUGAAAAGAAGAAGAGCGAACACGAUAACAAAGAGAGACGGCCUGGAUACUGACAUUAUCACUGGGAUCAUCUGUGACUUUGGUAUAAAGCCACCAUUCAAUGAAGGCACUAAGGAGCGCCAGCGGCUACUGCAAGAACUGGGGAGCUCGAUAAUAUCGGAUAUCGAGAUAGUCGCCAAUGAAGCUAAGGAGACCCUCAGUCGCAAAGAAGGAUACUGGCGAUACGCCAAUAAACGCACAUACAAUGAGAUGGUUCGCAAUAACGAGCUGGUAAAUUGGGAAACAGGCGAGAAACUUCGCGAGCUUGAUAUGGAGGAUAGUCAUUCAGAAGACAGCACUGAGGAGGCUGGAGGAGAAAGUCUGGAAGUGAGUCCCGAGUACAUCACAGGCGAAACCAACAUUGUGAAGCAGGAUAUGAGUAUCACACAAGAGGAUCUCGCGAAUGAUAGUACCAAGGCGCAUAUUGAUGAAAGGAAUCUUGUUCUCACAAAGUCUCCUGGGAUGUUGACUCUCUCUUUAGCACCACGGAAGGAGAAACCAAGAGUGGAUGCAGCACAAUCCGAACAAGCAAAAACUGACAAGCCAGAUGUCUCUACACAACAGGAAGCAGACCAGGAAGGAUUGCCUGUCAUUGAACCUAUCAUUACACAUAAGAGGCGCAGUGCGCAUCGAAUAAACAAUGAUUGCUGCUCGCUUCGUCAUCUUCACAAUGCGCAUAAACCAUGCAUAUAGAGGCUUGGAUUUGACAGGUGAUGUGAACUGGUGCCAACAUACUCUCUGCGCCAGUGACUCUAUCUUCUGCAUCUUAAUAGUAAGUAAGAUCAUGCUCCAGGGGCCUCGCGGGAUCCGGUUGGGGUAGGAAGACUUUUUGAAAUGGAAGUGUCAAUCAUAAGACACCACCACUGCUUGAGUGGCCUGCAUGUGUCUCGCACUUGUUUGCUGGGUCAUAGAAGCAAUUUGCGUGAUAUGAACGAAUCACUCCGGAGGGCGUUGGCUGGGAUCUCUCUCACACUUGGAUGGCUCUUUCGUCUCUUUGUUGUACUAUUUGGAUAGAACUCGCCAAUUGCGU